GGGGCGGGGGGCCGGGCCGCGGCCCUGCGCGCGGGUGUCAUGGCGGCGGCCGGGGCCGCGGGGGAGGCUCUCGCCGCCUCCGUCCGGGACUUCGUGUCCGGGCAGCAGGACGGCCGCGCCGCGGAGGUGGCGGCAGGGGUGAAAGAUGGAAGGUGGACAGUGCUGCAGCUUGUGGAAGCCCUGGGGUUUUCUCUGGAGAACACAGAUCCUCGGACACGAGGGCGAGGCAUCCAGCUGUUGUCACAAGUCCUGCUCCAGUGUUACUCCCUGCUCCAGGAGAAGGAAGUGCUGCAUCUGGUCCUGUUCUAUGAGAGCCGGCUGCAGGAUCAUCACCUGGUGAUUCCCUCGGUGCUCCAGGGACUCCGGGCACUGAGCAUGUGUGAAGUGCUGUCCCCAGGGCUAGCAGUGUCUGUGCUCAAAGCCAUCUUCCAAGAGGUACACGUGCAGUCCUUGAUGCAGCUGGACCGCCACACAGUGUACAGCAUCAUCACCAACUUCAUGAGCACCAGGGAGGAAGAGCUGAAAGGCCUGGGUGCCAACUUCACCUUCGGCUUCAUCCAGGUCAUGGAUGGGGAGAAGGAUCCCCGCAAUCUGCUGGUGGCCUUCCAGAUUGUGCGUGAUCUCAUUGCCAAGGACUAUGCCCUGGGUCCCUUUGUGGAGGAGCUGUUUGAAGUUACAUCCUGCUACUUCCCUGUUGAUUUUACUCCACCCCCCAAUGAUCCUCAUGGAAUCCAGAGGGAAGACCUGAUCCUGAGCCUCCGGGCUGUACUGGCCUCCACGCCUCAAUUUGCUGAGUUCCUUCUCCCUCUGCUUAUUGAGAAGUUGGACUCAGAACUGCAGAGUGCCAAGCUUGACUCGCUGCAGACUCUGACUGCCUGCUGUGCUAUCUAUGGGCAGAAGGAGCUGCAGGAAUUCCUUCCCAGCCUCUGGUCAUCCCUGCGCAGAGAGGUGUUCCAGACAGCAAGUGAGAAGAUAGAGACGGAAUGCCUGGCUGCACUGCAUGCUCUCUCUGCCUGCCUCUCCCGCUCCGUGCUCAGCUCUGAUUCUGAGGAUCUGCUGGAUUCCUUCCUCAGCAGCAUCCUGCAAGAUUGCAGGCACCAUCUGUGCGAGCCCGACAUGAAGCUGGUGUGGCCCAGUGCCAAACUCUUGCAGGCAGCAGCGGGUGCCUCCCUCCGCACCUACCACCGCAUCACCCGCAGCGUCCUGCCCCUGCUGCUGGAGCAGUACACCAAGCACACGCAGAGCAGCCAGAGGAGGACAAUCCUGGAAAUGCUGCUAGGCUUCCUGGAGUUCCAGCAGAAGUGGGGACAUGUGGAAGAAGAUGAGAGCGCUCUGCUGUCGUUCCAAGCCCCGGUUUGCUCUGUGGUGUUCUCGGCGCUGCUGGAUCCCAGUGUGCAGCUGCAGCUGGUUGGGAUCAAGGCACUGACUGUCCUGGGCUCCCUGCAAGGCUUCCUGUCUUCUUCUGAUCUGGAGCUGGUUGUGGAUCACUUAAUCCGUCUUGCUCUGCAUGAAGAGGAUUCCCAGAGCAGUGAAGCAGCAAUGGAAGCAGCUGGGUCCCUGGCCCCCACCUACCCAAAGGUUUUCUCUGAACGCAUGGUACCCAGGCUUGAAGAGGAGCUGCAGUCAGAGCGGGAGGAGAGCUCCCACAACCACCACUGCUUGCAGCAGCGCUGCCUGCAGGCCCUGGCAGCCGUGUCCACCCACACCAGCAUCGUGAGGGAGACUGUCCCUGUCCUGCUACAGCAUCUCCAGAAGGUGCAGAAAGGGACCGAGGCCAGGAACACCCAAGACGUGGUGUCUGUGUGCCAGAGCCUGCACCGUGUGGCCCUGCAGUGCCAACAGGAUGCUGAAGGCUGCUGGUACUUCCACCAGACAGUGGUGCCGUGCCUGCUGGCCAUGGCUGUGCAGGCAGCCAUGCCAGAGAGCAUGCAUACACUGCCAGGCAAGGCGCUGUUGGAGGAAGAGGUGCUGGCUGCCAUGAUCCCAGUCAUCAGUGCUGCCACCACUCACCUGAGCCCUGAGUUGGCUGCCCAGAGUGUGUCUCAUGUGGUGCCCCUCUUUCUGGACGGAGAGGUCUCUUUCCUACCCCAAAACAAUUUUCCAUCCUCCUUCCAGCCUUUCGGGGAUGGGGAGUGUGUGGAGGCACAGAGACGUCUGGUUGCUCUCCUCAUGGCCUUCGUCUGCUCUUUGCCCCGUGAUGUGGCAAUCCCUCAGCAGGAAUGGCUGCUCCAGGAGCUGCUGGCAUUGAGCUGUUCCUGCAACUGUCCCUUCACGGCCACCACAGCUGCCAAAUGCUUUGCAGGGCUGGUGAACAAGCACCCAGCAGGGCAGCAGCUAGAUGAAGUCCUGCAGCUUGCAGUGAACAGGAUGGAGGCCAGCCUUGCGGAGGGGCCCCGCCAGAUGCAGGCACUCACCUUGCUGCUCUGGGUGACCAAAGCCUUGGUGCUGCGCUACCACCCUCUGAGCUCCUGCCUGACAGACAAGCUGCUGGGCCUGUUGGGUGAUACAGAGCUUGGCCCUGCCGCUGCCGAUGGCUUCUCCCUGCUCAUGGCCGAGUCCCCAGACGUGCUGCACAAGGGCUGCCAUGCCAACGUGCGCAUCAUGUUCCGCCAGCGCUUCUUCACCGACAACGUCCCCAAGCUGGUGCAAGGCUUCCAUGGGGCUGGCCCCGAUGUGAAGGCAAAUUACCUGAAGGGCCUGUCCCAUGUACUCAACCACCUCCCCAAACCUGUGCUGGUGACAGAGCUACCCACGCUGCUAUCCCUCCUGCUUGAGGCCUUGUCCUGCUCAGAUCGUGUAGUACAGCUCUCUACACUGAGCUGCCUCCAACCACUGCUGCUCGAAGCUCCCCAGAUCAUGAGCCUGCAUGUCGACACACUGGUCACCAAGUUCCUCAACCUCACCUCCAGCCCCACCAUGGCUGUUCGCAUUGCCGCCCUGCGCUGUGCCCAUGCCCUCACCAGUCUGCCCACAACAGUGCUGCUCCCAUACAAGGGCCGAGUUAUCCGAGCAUUGGCCAAGCCUUUGGAUGACAAAAAGAGGCUGGUGCGGAAGGAAGCAGUGGCAGCACGUGGAGAAUGGUUCCUGCUCGGGAGUCCAGGCAGGUGAGCGCCUGUGUCCCCUCCCUCUGUUGACCAAUGGUCUGACCAGCACCUUGCUAAGCCAAGUCAUCCCACCAAUGCCAUGGACCUUCUGGAUCCUCGGAGCCCAGGACUGCCCUGAGUGCUAGGGCUGGAGAGUGCAGGCCAGCAGACAGCACCCCUCACUGCAGUCCCUUCCCAGCACCCACAGCAGGGAAGUAGCUGUGCUGCUUGUGGCUUGCCCACCCUCUGCUGCAGCCAGGGACAGUGGUGGACAGCCCCUGCCACAUAUAAGUGGAGAGGACAGGUCUGUGCACACGUGUAGUGUGUGACAACCCAUGUGCCAGAAGAAUAAAUAUAUCUGUUUUGAUAAUG